AUGGCUGACAAGAACAACAUUUCAAACAGGUUUUACUUUGGCUUGCUUAGUUAUGUGAAAACAACAGCUAAUGUUAUUUUUAUACUCCAACAGCACCCGGGCGGAGAAGAAGUCUUGCUGGAGAAGGCUGGACAGGACGCCACGGAGCCUUUCGAGGACGUCAGCCAUAGCUCCGAUGCCAGGGCCUUGAUGAAGAAGUACAAAAUCGGCGAGCUGGUGGAGGCGGACCGCACGCAGAGCAAGGCGGGCUACGACGCCACCUGGAGCAACGACCAGCCGCAGGAGCAGGGCAACGCGUGGAGCUCGUGGCUGACGCCGCUGCUGCUGGGCAUCGCCGCCACCAUCAUCUACCGGUACCUGUUCGCGUAGUGCCCCGCCCUCCCCCGCCGCCCCGCCGUCCGCGCCCGACCGACCACCUGCAGACAAACGAAGUCGCCUCGCUUCUACUCAGCGCUGUAUAGUUCUGAAGCAGAAAGGUUUGGUUACUGAAGUCUACCUUUAAUUCUUGGAGCCAUUACAGCUAACCGAAAAUGUAAUGUUUUUGUAAAUAGAGAAGAAAGAAGUCGCCAAAUUAACAAUUAUACACAGCAAUAUACUGCUAUAACAAGACAUUUUAUAUGUACACAGUACACGGUACACCCUUAGAUUAAUCUACGAGUAUGUGUGUACUUACAAUAUUAGAAUGUCGUCUAUGUACGGUAUAGACGACAUUCUAAUAUUGUAUUUUUCAUCUUUAGCAAGAAUUUUUGGAGAGAUGCUAAUAAAUAAUAAACUAAUAUUUUUAUGAUAGCGCUGGACGUAGCAAUCUACAUCAUCAUUCUCCUUUAUAAUAAAAGUUAGCAUAAAUGUAAUUGAACUUUUUAAACGUCCGUAUGAACUACUUGUGAUUAUUAUAUAAUAUUUGAGGGCUGGAGCCGAGUUGCUUAGCAAUAAUUACACUAAACUAUAGCGAAAAAUUGGAAAUGUAGGUGGCUUGGUGCCUCUGGAUGGAAAAGUGCCUCGCGGCGCCAGCGCUUGCGUGGCCGCGCUUAGUUGAAGUAUACUAUUACAUAACCAGUAGAGAUAAGCGGACCUAUUAAUUUAGUUAUACUACCCAAUAACUUUCUAAUGUUAAUUUCAUAUUUAUGACUUAAGAUAUAUUUUACGUGCAUUUGCACGUUGGAUGAGGGUAUUAUAGGUGCUCUUUUGUGUGGAAAUCGCCAGGAGUGUUAGUCAAUUAUUAUGAUUCUAUGCUGUCUUAUAAUAUUGUUUGAUUGUGUUGAUAUGAUAUUUUGUACUUUUAGCACAAAUCUUUUUUUUGAUGUCUGAUGGCAUGGCACUCUUAAUUAAUAUUAAUAUGGUACAAGUAUGUAUUUUUUUUGUUUUUGGUCUAAAUGUCAAGUUAUACUUUAGCACAGGCGUAGGUUGUGGAGCUGAACAUACAUAAUGUAUAAAUGUAUGGUGGAAAUAGUACAAGUGUCCCAGCUUGCAAGCGACGAAAUGAAUGGCCUCAUUGUUGUGAUUACUGUUAUUGCAUAUUUGUACUUCAAAGAGCAUUUUUUAAAUAAUUUUAUUUA